AUGGUCAAGCCCAAGUCUGCCAGGUCCUCCGCCCGCUCGACUCCAGUCAAAAAAGACAACCCCUCCAUCUCCACCCCCACUUCAACGCGUUCCGGCCGGACGGUGACCAAGCCCGGGACGACGACCUCGCCCUAUUUCGCAAACGGCAAGAGCAAAGGGAGGUCUACCAAGAAGGUUGACAAGGAUGAUGAGGACGACGAUGAGGGGCUAGCAGAGCCUACGGGGAUGACAUCGUCUGAAGAAGGCUCAAGUGACGAUUCGGGCUCUGAAGACGACUUCGGACCCUCCGAGGAUGAAUCAGAAGAGGAGGAGGCGGAGCCCGAAGAAUCCUCUGGCUCAGAGAUGGAUAGCGACCAUAUCGACGAUGAGAAGCCAAAGUCCAAGAGCAAGACGAAACGCAAAGCUCCUUCUCCCAAAGCUUCAUCCGCCAAAAAGGCCAAGACGCAAGGUCACACCAGCAAGAAGACGAGCAACACUGGCGUCAAAAAGGCAGAAGAGCAGGGGAGAGAGUAUAUCGAGGGGUAUGAUGAUGAGGAUGAGGAUGCAGACUUUUCUGAUUCGGAUCUGGAGGAGGGGCAGGAGCUUGCCGGGAGGAUCUAUCCUGCGCCCAAGACCGGACAAGUUGCAGCCGGAGAAAUAUCGAAGAAUACCCUCAACUUCUUGAAGAACCUGCAGCUUCCCGAGCGCAACGACCGAGAAUGGUUCAAAUCCCACGAACCUGCUUUCCGGCAAGCCGAGAAGGAAUGGACAACAUUCGUCACCACCAUGCAAAUGAAACUUCACGAAAUCGACGACGAAAUCCCCAUCCUCCCUCCCCGCGACAUCAUCCACCGCAUCUACCGCGACGUCCGCUUCUCCUCCGACAAGACCCCUUACAAAAAAGGCUUCUCCUUCACCACCUCCCGCGGAGGGCGUAAAGGCUCGCCAUGGGCAGCCUAUCAUUUGUACUUGUCGCCGAAUGGGAAAUCGAUUUUGGCGGGGGGUCUUUGGUGUCCGGAUAAAGACCAAACGGCCAAGAUUCGGCACGAGUUUAUGACGAAUCCAGAGAGGUUCCGGAAGGUUAUUGGGGAAGAAAAGUUUGAGAAGAAUUUUGGGAAAGGGACGCCCCCUGGGAAGGGGGAGGAUCAAAGACGGAGUGUAUAUGGCAUGGAUGAUCAGUUGAAGGUAGCGCCGAAGGGGGUGGAUAAGGGGCACAAGGAUAUCGAUCUGCUCAAGUUGAGAACCGUUGCUGUUAUCCACUACUUUACGGACGAAGAAGUCCUCGAGCCGAAAUUCCAAGAUACCGUCAGAGAAGUUGCGAGGACGAUGGUACCGUUCAUACGCCUGUUGAAUGAUUACCUCACGUAG